AAUACAUAGAGCCAUAGAGGCUACGGUUCAGCCGUGAGCCGUCUAUAUAUAAGGAGGGCCGGAGAUCUGAUCGCCUUGCCGGUUAAGCCGUGUCAGUUCAUCUCGAAGCCCAAGUGAAGCUUCACCGGCUUUCACCUGUUGCUGCAAGUACUUCUUCUUCCUUGGAGGAAGCUAAUACUACUAAUAAUACGGUUGCGAUCGGCAUGGCCGGGCGCAACAUCGGUGUGGCGGUGGACUUCUCGCCGUGCAGCAAGAACGCGCUGCGGUGGGCGGCGGCGAACCUGGCGGCGCCCGGCGACCGCCUCAUCCUCAUCCACGCCAAGCCCUCGUACCAGUACGAGGAGGGCGUGGCGCACCUGUGGGAGCGCGACGGCUCGCCGCUGAUCCCGCUGCUGGAGCUGUCGGACCCCCGGGUGAGCAAGAUCUACGGCCUGGCGCCGGACCGGGAGACGCUGGAGGUCCUCGCGCGGGCGGCCGCCCAGCGAGGGGUCCAGGUCUUCGCCAAGGUGCUCUGGGGCGACCCGGCCAAGAAGCUCACGGAGGCGGUGCACAAGGUCCCACUCCAGUGGCUGGUCGUCGGCAACAGAGGGCUCAGCACCGUCAAGAGGGUUCUGAUGGGGAGCGUGAGCACCUACGUGGUGAACCACGCGGCCUGCCCCGUCACCGUCGUCAGGGAGAACAUGCUGCCAUCGGCGCCGACAACCAGCUACUGAUUGAUUUCCUACGGUCCUACCCUACCAUGGGGAUGGCACGACGGCAGUGCGCAGUGCAGCUGGUUUGCCUGCUCUGCUCUAGUACGUUGACGCCCGUGUAAACCUGGGAGUAGGAUGUCUUGUGCCAUGUCACUCUGUAAGAAAAUAAUCUGCGUCAUAUAUGAAUAAGAAACAUAUUAUGAAUAGUGUGUGUGGCCGUAAA